CUACAUCAACUCUCAGAGACUUCAGCAGUCUAGGAUGGGCCAGGCCCCAAAGGCUGCACCCAAAAUAACCCUGCGGUGAGCCAGCAAAGCAAACACUCCACCGUUUGUUUGAACACAGAAGAGUUAAUCGCCCUCGGAGCUAUUUCUGGGCAUGUCUUGUUUUAAUUGCCCAGGGUUAUAGUUACUCCCCUAUGUGAACCCAACUGACCGGGCAUCUCCAGUUACUUCUGAACCUCGGAUGCAGCUGCACCUGCCGCUGUUAUUUUGCUGGUCUAUAUUAAAAAAACAACAACCCCCCAGGCCAUAAUCUCCCCUGACACCACACUAGCGCAUCUGGUUGUAUUCGCUAUAACGCUGCUUUGAAGCCCACCCAGAAAAUCUCGCUUCACUUGACUUUUUCCAGCCCGGCGCCAUCCAUACCAAAGGUGGGUUUGGUUUCAAGCUCGCCAGCGAGAGAAUUCAGCCUUGGCAGGGAGACAAGCUUGGCACCCACUUGGGGAAUGGUGAGGUUGGAUCUCUCUGCUGCGAAAUGCCUCUCUACAUCAGUGUCAGAUAGACGCCUGCCCGUCUCGGCUCGAUCCCGCUCUGGAGCCGGUGUGCGGGGAGCUGGAUAGAGCCUUUGGCAUUUGGACACUGACAUGCUCAGAGGAACGCACGGUACUUGCCACAGUACCCUGAGUACUUCCAAAGGCUGGCGGCCCACGCCACGCAUGUGAAAAGGAUCUUGCUCUUUCUCCUGACCCUGUCAAACGGCGGGGGUGGAAAAUGAGCCCCCUGGAGAAGAUCAGGUGGCCAGGUCCCAGGAGAAAUCACUCCAGCCGCAAUGACUAUAAGAGAAGGCUGAGUGGCGUGGUGUCAGAUGGAGCCCUCUGGCCCUAGCAUGGGCGGCAUGGAAUAAAAAUGAUCCCCGUAGUGAAAAACACUGCCCAGUUCUCCCGGCCAGCACCACCCCCUACGCCCGACGGACUUUUGCACGGGGAGGGACACUUCCAGGACUCUGAAUGCAAAGAAGCUGCUUCAGAAAAGAACAACCACACACCCGGCCAGUCCCAAGGGGACCCCCUCAAGGACACGUCGGACUCCUCCGUUUCUUCCUAUCAUACGGCUCCGGGCUCAGAGGGGGCGGAGAGUUUUAAGGACUGUGUGGAGUCCCUGGACAGCAAAGGGGGCGAUCUGCUGCCCCCGCCGCCAGACGGCGACCCCCAGGGCGAACGCGGCGCCAAAGCAGCAGCGCCGGGGAGCUUUUCUGAGCGGAACCCGGCUGGCAGGGAAGGUUUCCGGGGGGACCCUUGUGAGGACGCGGCGGGGCAACUCCACGGGGCACCACGGGAUCGCGUCAAAGCCGCAGGGGUGCUGCCGGAUCAAACCUGCAAAGGGGCUGGCCCGGCUUGUGCUGCUGCCUCCACAGCCGUCGCUCAUUCAGCUUUAACUAGACCCCGAGCGGAGAGGACAUUCGGCCUCCGGGCAGGCAGGGAGUGUGUCCCCAGCACGCCAGGCUGCAGAGACGGGGGAUCCCUCCGUGCCAAGGAGAAGCAGCCGGCUCAGCUGUCGAUCACAGCUAAGAAUAGCUCGGCUCCGGGGCCCAGCGGCAGGACGGGGCUAGCCACAAGAGAGCUGCCGCUUGGAAACAGGGGCUCUAAAUAUUUGGGCCUGCCUAUACGCGUCGAUGCACCGGACUCCAGGGCGAUGUUCCUCCAGGCGGGUCCGACGAAGGGCAGCAGCGCUCCGGGGGCAAGCAAGGCCACCUGCCCCCCAGGUGGUGCGGACAGCGACUCCGAAGAGGCAGAUUCCGAAGUGCAGAAGCUCACCGCCCUGUCGUUCCGGAGCCUCUCGUGCCCCUACGGAGGUUCCCUGGCUGGGUGCAGUUCCAGCAACCGGACGUCGUCGAGCUGGUCCAGCUCCUUGUCAGACGACAGUAAUGGAAUGAACAGGUGGCCGCCGCGUCAUGAGCUGAGAAGAGCCGAGGUGCGCAGCCGGGCAAAGGGCAGCAAACAAUUCCCGCUUGCCAGCCAAGUCCCCGAAAAAGAUCGGCCCAGUGACUCAUUCGGGACGGCGCCGUUGGAGUGCGUUGCUGUGGCGCCGGAGAGUGCCGAUGGCAGAAGGGGCCCCUCCCAAAAGCGGACCGUGCCCAAGCGGCAGAUUCAGCUGAAGCCGAGGGACAGAGAGGAGAUGAGCUUCCUGGCAGCAGGGGACCGUGCUGCCCACCAGCCCUUUGCAGCACCCAGGAAAGAGCCCUGCCCAAAGCGCAGGACCAUCCGGGACGAGUUCAGGCUCAGUUACAAACAGUUUAUGAGAACGGCGUCAUCAGACGACUCGACCGGCCAAACCAGGAUGGCCUCCUGCCUGGUGAAAAAUGUGCUGGCCAAGAAAAUGCAGUAUGAGCAACGGCUCCGAACGGAGCAGAAAUCGAGAGAGGGCGGCUCCACCUCGUCGGGACCCUCCUCCGUAAGUACGGACCUCGUGGGGGAUUUCCCAGCAGGGAAGUCGAGUUCCUUCUCCAGGACCGACUGCAGCCGUUUGGCUGAAGAUCUGCUCGGUCAUUCAACGAGUGAAAGGCCUGAGUCCGUCGCGAUGGGCCCCGAGAGCCCCGAUGCCCUGCAGCUGGCCAAGGGGGUCGUGCUGAGCGAGCAGCAACGGGAACCCGUCUGCAAGCUGAAGAAGACGUUCAACGAGCUGAACGAGAGACUGAGAGAAGCCGACCAGUCCAAGCCCCUCCCCAUCUUGGCAGAUGGCGUGAGCAGGGAUUCGAGCAGAGGCAGGAAGCAGGCGGCCAGCGAGCGGAAGGAAUUCCGGAGAGCCCGGGCCCUGUUUGAAUCCAUGCAGGCCAGCACGGGGGCGGCCCCGACGCUUUCCAAAGCACAAAAGCCCUGGCCCAGUUUGAAGCAGCGCGCCAUCUGCAAGAGCGAGCACCCGUCGGGGAACGAGGGGAAGGCCCCCGUCCGGCCCAGAAGCCCCCUGGUGCCCGGGGAUCCAGCCAGCAGCCUCUUCACGUCCACCACGCCGGAGGUGAAACUGAUCCCCCAGAGCGCAGGCGAGCAGCAGCAGAAGACGCUUCAUGUCUCCAAGCCCCGGCCCUCGGAGGAAAGCUCCGAGGAGAGGCCGGCAGCGGUGCAGCGCCCCCGGCAUUCGUCUCUCAUUCUGCCCACGUCUUGCAGAUCUCAUCACGACGGGGAAAGCAGCCCCCACGCUCAGGAGUCCGGGGAGACAGGGAGCAAAGGGGCGGGACGGAUACACCACCCCAGGGACGUCAGAAAGUUAGUUAAAAACACCUACAGCUUGUGCUUCCAGUCUUCAGACAGCUUCCCUGCAGACCAAGAACCCAGCCCCGAGGACGCUGUAAGCUUAUCGGCAAAGGAGUGCCCUGCGACCUCCCCUCUCUUCAUACACUGCAGCUCCGUGCGGCGCAAAGUCGCCGCCCCAGCGGAGACCCCUUCCCAGGACAAAAGCCCGGAGCAGCCGUUGAACGUGGAUGUGUCGGCCCUUGCCACGCCAGCUCAGAGCGCGAGCGGCCCACUCCCCCCUAAGUCCCACGUGGAUGGACCCGUCAGGCUGACCGACCGCACAGGCGCCCCGGGGGGCGGCUCUCCUGUGCACAUUGCUCAGAUUCAGUCCAGGAAGAAGGUGGUGACGGGGAAGGAAGACCCCCGGCUACCGCCUGACAAGAAACCAGCGCAUUACGAGAGGAGCGAGUUCAAUGUAGCACCCGCGCCCAACGCCACACGGAAAGCCCCCCCGAUGGAAUCCCAGCUUAAUAUCAAGGUCAACAGUCGUCUUUCCAAGCACCCACACAAGCCACACGCUGACCCCUUCUCUGCUCCAGCGUGGCCAGCUUCAGGGAAGGCCACGAAAGACUCCUCCACCCAAGCGAACUGCCGCUCCCUAGAACAAAGCGAAACUUUUCCCUUUCCAGUUUCAGCAUCCUUUGGAGGCACCAAGGGCCCCUCCGACGUCACCCGCAAUGCUGCCAGGCCAGGUCAUUUUCAGGAGGCUCAUGCCCACGAGGAACCCGAGUGGCCGUCUCAGAAGCAUUUAUCCACUGAGACGAUCUCAUUCACGCCCCACGACAGCCAGGCCUUCUCUGUUAGCCCACAAGACGAAAACCAGGUCUCAGAACCUGGCCCAGCCAAGGAAGGCUACAGACAUCGCCAGGCCAUGAAGCCACCUGGGACAAGCACCCAGCCCUCCUAUACAAACACGCCAGCAAACAGCCAGUUUGUGCCCAGCUCCUAUCAGCAGAAGGCCCAGGAUAAGGUGACUGAUGCCCCCGGGCCCGUGGAGAGCCGAGGCUUGGUGCCAGCCACCCGCAUGUCUCCAGAGAGAGCCAGUCCCUGUGCCCCCUUGAGAGCAAGGGAACACAGCAAAGGAACCGGACCGCCCGGAGUGCCCGCCGCUGCACCAUUCCCCCCCGCUGGGAAGAGAGAGAACUGGGAUGGCUUGCCCAGGCCACAGGCGGGGACCGAGCAGUAUUUCACAGCCACCCACGCGGAGAACGCCAACUAUUUAACGAUGCCCGCAAAAGCCCCGAAAGCCGACGCAGCUCCCACGCCCGUGGGGCCUUCCCAGGCAGACCACGCCCUGCCCCCUUCCGGCACCGUCCUCCAGCCAGGCGCGGGAACGCCCCCGAGUACGACGAGCUGCGAGUCUCCGCCGCCGAGAGCGCCAGAGGGCAAGGCAGCCGCCGGCCUCCCCGGGCCCGACCAGCCAAGCCGCGUGCAGCCCCACCGCAGAGCCGACAAGUCGCCCCGUUUCCUGUGGAGGAGCGGCGGCGUUUCGCCAGGCAGCCAGGGCGCACCCAGCCCCACCAGGGCGUCCGUCCCGCAGCCCCACAGGAAAAUGCUCGUGGAUCCGGAGAGCGGGAAGUGCUACUACAUGGAACCUCCCCGGCAGCCGCAGCUGAAACUGCUCUAUGACCCGGACACAGGCCAGUACAUUGAAGUGUUGCUCCCUCCAGUCCCCUUGGCAUCACACGGUCGGCUUUACCCCUCUCCUUGCAACCCGUUGGUCAUGAAUCCGGGGGUUUAUGGAGCACCCUACAUGCCAUAUCCAGGAUUCCCAGGGUUUCCACCUCCGCCGGUGGCGCUGCCAUCCCUCCAUCCUGAUCUGCCCAACCAACAGGCGGCUCUCGAAAACGUGUGUGUCACCGACACCUUCAGCCCUGGCCCGAAAGGUGACGCUCCACCAGCUCCCCAGGCCUCCGACUGCAACUACAUGGAGAGUGUGUACUAUAUUCCCACCGGGAUGAAUCCAAGUCCUAGCCCUAGUCGGCUUUUAUUCUCCCCGGCCACCAGUUCCAGCCCCUCCAUGCCGGAGAAAGGGCCCUUGUUCCAGAUGUGAGACUGGAGCCAAGGAACGUGCUGGGCGCAGGGGAGCAGGCGGUGGGUUUCCUGAGCGAAUGGACAUUGCGUAUUUAUGUCCUACUUGAAAACAAGGGGUGGCGGAGUAGGACAGACAACCCCUGCUUGGCCCCCCUGGUUCCGCGUUGCUUCCCUUUCCCGGAAGUUUGGGCUUCCGAAGCAAAGGAAGGUGAUGGUGGCUCAAGAAGACAGCCCGGUGCACCUGCCCCUCUGGUCCCCUCGCUGGUUUCUAAUGAGGAAUGCAAUUGACAGACUCAUUCGAUGCAACCAGCCCUGACCAUCCUGAUGCUCCUGAAGUCGAUGGGAGUUUCCCUGUUGAUUUCCAAGGACCAGGAAUUGCUGAUCUGUUCCUUGAUGCACAGAACUAUUCUCACUGGGCCUGAUCCUGGGAGGUGCUGUUCACCAGCCACCAGAGCGCUGUGUGUUCAGCACUGAGUGGCUCAGGAUCAGGCCCUGUGCCAGGUAACGGCCGCUUGGUUUUGGUUUUUGCUUGCUGUGGGCAAGUCGGGCCCUGCCCAGGAGAAACCCCACACGCGCUCGGAAAGCCAAAACACGCCCACUAGUCAGCAGUACAAAAAUAGCCCGCACAGCCUCGUGCUGAUUCGGAAAGGUCGCUGGCCCAGCAAUCCUGGCAUGUGCCCCACCGCCCGCCUCGGUUUGUUAGGCCAAGCGAAAAGUCUCUGCAAAGCGGGGCGGGGGCGACGCUGCAUUUUGGGCUGUGGUCACUGGCCGGGAAGUUGGCUGUGGCAUUAUUUCAGGGCGGUUUUCUACCCUGCAGGAGGGCACCCGGCUGGUCGCGGUGGGGACGCUGUGAGAGCUGAGGGAACUGAUCCAAGUGUUUCCAAUAUUAGCAAAAGGGCUCAAUCGCCAUUUUGCAAAAGAGGCUGUCAGCCCCCGGGGGAACGUUUGCUGUUUGCAGCUGCUGGGGGGGAGGCUGGCUGUGUGCUGGGCAGGCCCUGCGGAGGGAAAACCCACCCAUGCGUCCUGCUUACGCUCGGGCAGGGACCUAGCCACUGCAGAGAGUGGCUCCGUGGGCGAGGCUUUGAGUGCAGCGUAGCUCUGCCGUUGUAUUUUUCACCGAAUCGUGGUUCCUUGGCCCACACGCUCCCAGGAUGGGUCUACGCCACGGGAACGAGGUCGGUCGCAGCUCGGGUAGACAGCUUCCCCUACCGAGUCCCCAGACACCGGCUCAGAUCCCCAGAAGGCGCAAAAUCAGCCUGGUGCCACUGAAACCUUAUGGGGCGAUGCCU